GAUCUUUUACCUGAUCAAGAAGCAUUCGAGUGACGAUGAAUAUGAAAAAAAAAAUCAUUUUCCGACGAACGCAGAAUGAAUAUGGCGAAGCUACUGCUCCUCCUUGUUUAUUGCAUUAAUACCAGGAAGCUGAUCAGGAAAACCCCCCUUUUUCGCAUCACAACUUUUCUCGGCUUUGUGCACUCUUUUUUACCGCCAGUACAACUAACCGCUAAGAUCAUCAUCUCUGGAGGUGAAAGAUCUUGUGGGCCUCUUGUUUUGUUGAGCAGUAGUAUAGUUGGAGUGAACAAGUAGCGUUCGUCCCCAAUCUAUCACCUCGUAGAUAAGCCCUAGUAAAAAACCCUAGUAAGAAAUCCUACACGACUACCCGCAGCACAAAAUAAAACCAACGCCCCUUCUUUUUCUUUACGAGGUUUUUCUACAUUAUCUUGCACUUCUCGACCAAAAUGCCGAUGAACAUCAACGCCAAGAAGUAUUCGCUGUGUAGUACCAGCGGGGGAAGCUACGCAUCCGCAGGUAUUGAGAGGAAAAAUCCCCCCUCCCCAUACUGAAAAGGUGUACUUUUGGAAAUUUGUGAUGCUGAUUUGUGGUCACAAAUCGCGUCUGUCUUGCAAGAAGGCAACUCCGCAGGCUCCCCUGCAUUGUGCAGGCGGUUUGUCAUGCUGUUGGGCCUACAGCGUGGAUGUUUUUCAUGCUAAGUGCCUACGCCAAAGCCUCGCUACUCACACUUCGUAGGGGCCUGCAGUGCUCUCCAACAAGACAGCUCGGAUUUGUGUACUCAAAUACAGCAACACAAGUUUCGCUUUCGAUAUGGGGAGGGGGCAUUUUUCCUCACAAUAGCAGGCUUUCUCGGUGUAAGGAUUGCGUCGAUCGUUGCAGUGUCAUAUGUAAAAACGCCCCCAUCUUCCCAUAGUCAAGCCGGGAAAUUUUUUUUUUUUUUUUUUUUUGCCCGGCCCCCUCUAAAAUUUUUUUUCAUCAUUCGGAUCACGAAGCUAUUGGGGGCGGUGGGCGUUUCCUGGAAUGUGAAAGACCCCUUCCGCUGUCCACGCCAUUCACAUUCCAGCAAUUGCGCGGAUCAAAGGCUUUUUCAUCUUGUUUUGAUAUUCUUCCUUUCCGCUCUUGUCCGCUGCUCCAGCAAGUUGGUUCUCGAUCCACUUUCGUCUUGCGCCCCUUGCUCUCGUUUCGGUCCCGUUUCCUCCCUCCUCACCCGCGUGCGCAUUCUCCACGCCCUAGUCUUCCUCAUACUGUAGCAGCAGCGGCACGCGCAGAUCUUGCAACCCCCAUCCACCCUCCAUGCGCUUCCGUUGAGCUUGGGGUCGUUUUCAAUGUUUCCGACUCCGCGUUCGCGUUCCAUUUUCCGUGGUGAUUUCUAUUACUUGCAAAAUCAAUGAAGUGACGCGAAAGCUGUCCAAAGAGUGAGAAAAGCCAAAGAAAAUCAAAAUGUAAACGUCACAAGAUAAGCUAUAGAAAUAGAAUCGCAGUGCCAACGUCAUAUAAUUUGCAUUUCAAAUCCCCGGCAAUGCCCUACUUCCCACAGCCAGCCUCUGCUGGAAAAAAAAGAAAACUCCCUGGCGUGUUUUAUUUAGAGGCGCAGCGGGUGGGGGGGACCACAAUGGUCCCCCCCGCACGCUGCUAGUGUGUUGAAGUAUCUGCUGUGAGUCUUUACAUGAGCUACAAUGGCUACGCUUUCUUUUUACGAAGUGCUUUGCUUUACGAAGUGCUUUUCUUUACGAAGUGCUUUUCUUUACGAAGUGCUUUUCUUUACGAAAAGGGGAUUUUGCAACACAAACCUAGGGGAUUUUGCAACACAAACCUAGGAGUCAAGAUGGGGAAUCGGCUAGGCAAAUCCACAAGUUUUGGCUGCUUUGCAUGCCACAAGUUUUGGCUGCUUUGCAUGACACAUAGUCAAGCCGGGAAAUCUACUGCAAGACAAAUCAACAAGCUGUGGCUGUUACGCAUGACAUCAAGUUUGGGCGAGUAA